AUGAAGCAAAGAUGUGCAUGUCUGCCCCUCUUCGCCAUCCUGCCGUGGGGGCUGAGCUGGCUCGGAAGCUUCGGAGGCUUCGGAGGUGAGAGGGGCCGGGUGGCACGGCGAGCCAGCCUGCUGGUGCCGGCGCGCCUCGUUGAAGAAACCUACGGGCAGCUGGCAGGUGCCGGCUGCAUUCCCAGGCGAUGGCAUCCUGAGGGUCGGUACGGGAUUCCCAUCCAAGUGGCGGAGGAUGCGGGGAAGCGGCUCAUCCCCCUGCUGGCGAAUGCUGUGGACAGGCUCCCUCCAGACGUGCGUGCCAACCUGGGCGCAGGGACGGUGCAGCUGAGGGAGAAGGAGAUCCCCUGGAAGAAGAUGCCCGCGCGGCCCAUCUGCCCUGACGUUGGCGACAUCGUGCGGUCUCGCCCCGCUGGGAACUUUACCUUCGCCGAGCUCUUCGCGGGCAUCGGAGGCUUCCGGCUAGGACUGGAGCGCCUGGGUGGGUCCUGCGUCUUUGCAUCCGAGAUCGAGCCGCACACACGAGAUCUCUACACUCGAAACUUUGGCCAUGUGCCGGUGGUGGCGGGCGACAUCCAAGAAGUCCAUGCGUCGGAUAUACCGGCCCAUGACAUCUUGGUCGCCGGCUUCCCUUGCCAGCCUUUCUCGGCUUUGGGUUCCCAGCCUGCCUUCGAUGAUGAGCGUGGGCUGCUCUUCCGUGAGAUCGUGCGAGUUCUGGGCGCUGCAAAGCCCCGCUUCUUCCUGUUGGAGAAUGUACCUGGCUUGCUGCGUUGCGGGAGGGCCCUGGCGACGAUCAUGGAAGAGCUCUCCAGCGCGGGCUACGAGGUCCGCGUGGAGACCGUCAAUGCCCGACAGCUCACGGCCCAAGCGAGGAAGCGGGUCUUCUUCAUCGGUUUUCGGUCUCACGCUUCUCAAGCGUCUCCACCCCGGAGUUUUGAAUUGCCACGGAUUCCUGACCUGUGCCUGCGCGCGGAAGACGUACUGGAGACCGAGGAGGAAGUGAAACGAAGCGGAUUGCUGGAAGACUACACCCUCACUGACGAGCAGUUCCUCCGACUCCAGGAAUCCGAGAAGUGGGCACGGCGCGGGGGUAUGGCCAGCACCUUAGCCUGGAAUGACAAGGUCUGUGCCACCCUCGUCGGCCACUACGGGAAAACCCUCCGAAAGGGCAACUCUCAGCUGGUGCCGCGGCCGGCGCCCUCCAAGCCGCGGCGCUUCACUCCCCGGGAGUGCGCCCGCCUCAUGGGUGUCCCAAACUCCUUCAAGCUCACGGGGCGCAGAGAGGACCAGACGCCCGGGAUGUGGUAUCGGGCCUUGUACAAGAUGUUUGGGAACAGCGUGAGCCCUCCGGUGGUGGCGGCUUUGUGCGGAUCCAUCCUGGCCACUUCCGACACCUCCCAUCUCCCAAAGGAGGCGGGCCUCAGCGCGGCCCUGGAGCUGGCUCUCGAAGCCUUGGCGCCCAGGAAACUUCUGGUGUGGAGGGCACUCCCGACUUCCCGGAACCCGCACGUCGAGGCCUCCAGGGGCCCCCUGGAAGCCGGCGGAUCCUGCGGACGCGGUGGGCAGAUCGGCCUGGGCUCUGGGCAGUUUCUGGCCAAGGCUUCGACGCAGCUUCGGGGCUCCAUACCAGGAUGGGGUGAUUAG